AUGGGAGAUGCAGUGCUGGCGGCACUGGGGGCGGCAGCUCCCUUCCUGCGGCCAGGGGAGCGGGAGCGGCUGGCAUCGCAGACCAGGCCCUUCGACCCUCGCAGCGAGUGCUUCAUCCCCCACCCCCGUGAGGAGUUUGUGCGGGGGCGGGUGAUGGGGCGCCAAGGCGGGGAGGUCACCGUCCAGACCGAGCUGGGAGAGACAAUGACGGUCAAGGAGGCUGACGUCCACCAGCAGAAUCCCCCCAAGUUCGACAAGAUCGAGGACAUGGCCAUGCUGACCUUCCUGCACGAGCCCGCCGUGCUCUUCAACCUCAAGGAGCGCUACGCCUCUUGGUUGAUCUAUACCUACUCAGGACUCUUCUGCGUGACGGUCAACCCCUACAAGUGGUUGCCUGUAUACAACGCUGAGGUGGUGGCUGCCUACCGGGGAAAGAAGCGGAGUGAAGCUCCACCCCACAUCUUCUCCAUCUCUGACAAUGCCUACCAGAACAUGCUGACAGAUCGAGAGAACCAGUCCAUCCUCAUCACUGGAGAAUCCGGGGCGGGGAAAACAGUCAACACCAAGAGGGUCAUCCAGUACUUUGCCAGCAUUGCUGCCAUCGGCGACCGCAAGAAGGAGGCAACCAACAGCAGCAAGGGCACCCUGGAGGACCAGAUCAUCCAGGCCAACCCUGCCUUGGAGGCCUUUGGCAAUGCCAAGACCCUCCGCAAUGACAACUCAUCUCGAUUCGGGAAGUUCAUCCGAAUCCAUUUUGGGGCCACCGGGAAGUUGGCAUCAGCUGACAUUGAGACCUAUCUCCUGGAAAAGUCCCGUGUAAUUUUCCAGCUGAAGGCUGAGAGGAACUACCACAUCUUCUACCAGAUCCUCUCCAACAAGAAGCCAGAGCUGCUGGAGAUGCUUCUCAUCACCAACAACCCCUAUGACUACAGUUACGUCUCCCAAGGAGAGGUGACUGUGGCCUCCAUUGAUGACUCUGAAGAGCUGUUGGCAACUGAUAGCGCUUUUGAUGUCUUGGGCUUCACUGCUGAGGAGAAGGCCGGUGUCUACAAACUGACAGGUGCCAUUAUGCACUUUGGCAACAUGAAGUUCAAGCAGAAGCAACGGGAAGAGCAGGCAGAACCAGACGGCACUGAAGAUGCCGACAAGUCAGCCUACCUGAUGGGGCUGAACUCGGCUGAUCUUCUCAAGGGGUUGUGUCACCCCCGUGUGAAGGUGGGCAAUGAGUACGUCACCAAGGGGCAGAAUGUCCAGCAGGUGUACUACUCCAUCGGGGCUUUGGCCAAAGCUGUGUAUGAGAAGAUGUUCAACUGGAUGGUGGUGAGGAUCAACAACUCUCUGGACACCAAGCAGCCACGGCAGUACUUCAUCGGUGUGCUAGACAUUGCUGGCUUCGAGAUUUUUGAUUUCAACAGCUUUGAGCAGCUCUGCAUUAACUUCACCAAUGAGAAGUUGCAGCAGUUCUUCAACCACCACAUGUUCGUGCUGGAGCAGGAGGAGUACAAGAAGGAGGGGAUUGAGUGGGAGUUCAUUGACUUCGGCAUGGACCUCCAGGCCUGCAUUGACCUCAUUGAGAAGCCCAUGGGGAUCAUGUCCAUCCUGGAGGAGGAAUGCAUGUUCCCCAAGGCCUCAGAUAUGACCUUCAAGGCCAAGCUCUUUGAUAAUCACUUGGGCAAGUCAGCCAACUUUGGGAAGCCACGCAAUGUCAAAGGGAAGCCAGAGGCCCACUUCUCCCUCAUCCACUAUGCUGGCACGGUAGACUACAAUAUCAUUGGAUGGCUGGAGAAGAACAAGGACCCUCUCAAUGAGACAGUGGUGGGGCUCUACCAGAAAUCAGCCCUGAAGCUCUUGGCCAACCUCUUCUCCAACUAUGCUGGGGCAGAUGCUGGUGGUGAUGGAGGGAAGGGGAAAGGAGCCAAGAAGAAAGGUUCCUCCUUUCAGACUGUCUCAGCCCUGCACCGGGAGAACCUUAACAAGCUGAUGGCCAACCUUAAGACCACCCACCCUCAUUUUGUUCGCUGCAUCAUCCCCAAUGAGCGGAAGGAACCAGGUGUGAUGGACAAUCCCCUGGUAAUGCACCAGCUCCGCUGCAAUGGGGUGCUGGAGGGCAUCCGCAUCUGCCGCAAGGGCUUCCCAAACCGCAUCCUCUAUGGGGACUUCCGCCAGCGGUACCGCAUCCUGAACCCCGCUGCCAUCCCCGAGGGGCAGUUCAUCGACAGCCGCAAGGGUGCUGAGAAGCUCCUGGGAUCCAUUGACAUUGACCACAACCAGUAUAAGUUUGGACACACCAAGGUCUUCUUCAAGGCUGGGCUGCUGGGGCUCCUGGAGGAGAUGAGGGAUGAGCGUCUCUCCCGCAUCAUCACCCGCAUCCAGGCUCAGGCCCGAGGUCAGCUCAUGCGCAUUGAGUUCAAGAAGAUCCUGGAGCGCCGGGACUCACUGCUGGUGAUCCAGUGGAACAUCAGGGCCUUCAUGGGGGUGAAGAACUGGCCUUGGAUGAAGCUCUACUUCAAGAUCAAGCCCUUGUUGAAGAGUGCUGAAACAGAGAAGGAGAUGCAGAACAUGAAGGAGGAGUUUGGGCGGCUGAAGGAGGCUCUGGAGAAGUCAGAGACCCGGCGGAAGGAGUUGGAGGAGAAGAUGGUCUCCAUGUUGCAGGAGAAGAAUGACCUUCAACUCCAAGUGCAGGCUGAGCAGGACAACCUCAAUGAUGCUGAAGAGCGCUGUGACCAGCUGAUCAAGAACAAGAUCCAGCUGGAGGCCAAGGUGAAGGAGCUGACAGAGCGACUGGAGGAUGAGGAAGAGAUGAAUGCAGAACUGACAGCUAAAAAGAGGAAGCUGGAGGAUGAGUGCUCAGAGCUGAAAAAGGAUAUUGAUGAUCUAGAGCUGACUCUGGCCAAGGUGGAGAAGGAGAAACAUGCCACAGAAAACAAGGUCAAGAACCUCACAGAGGAGAUGGCUGGGCUGGAUGAGACCAUUGCCAAGUUAACAAAAGAGAAGAAGGCACUGCAAGAAUCUCACCAGCAAACACUCGAUGACCUGCAGGCGGAGGAAGACAAGGUCAACACCUUGACAAAGGCCAAACUCAAGAUGGAACAGCAAGUGGAUGAUCUUGAAGGCUCCCUGGAACAGGAGAAAAAGAUCCGGAUGGACCUGGAACGGGCCAAAAGGAAGCUGGAAGGUGACUUGAAGCUGACCCAGGAGAACAUCAUGGACCUGGAGAAUGACAAGCAGCAGCUGGAGGAGAAGCUCAAAAAGAAAGAGUUUGAGAUCAACCAGCAGAACAGCAAGGUUGAGGAUGAACAGGCACUGGCCCUGCAGCUCCAGAAGAAGCUGAAAGAGCUGCAGGCACGGAUUGAGGAGCUGGAGGAGGAGCUGGAGGCAGAGCGAACGGGCAGGGCCAAGGUGGAGAAGCUGCGCUCAGACCUGUCACGGGAGUUGGAGGAGAUCAGUGAGCGUCUGGAGGAGAAGAGUGAGCUCAAGCUGGAGCUGGAUGACCUCAGCUCCAACAUGGAGCAGCUGAUCAAGGCCAAGGUGGGCAUGGAGAAGGUCUCUCGCACCAUGGAGGACCAGGCAGCUGAACACCGGGCCAAGCUGGAGGAGACCCAACGAGUCCUCAAUGACACCAGCACCCAACGGGCUAAGCUCCAGACCGAGAAUGGAGAGCUGUCCCGCCAACUGGAGGAGAAGGAGGCCCUUGUCUCCCAACUAACCAGGGGCAAGCAGUCAUACACCCAGCAGCUGGAGGACCUGAAGAGGCAGCUGGAGGAGGAGAUGAAGGCCAAGAAUGCACUGGCCCACACCCUCCAGUCAGCCCGGCAUGACUGUGACCUGCUGCGGGAGCAAUAUGAGGAGGAGACAGAAGCCAAGGCUGAACUCCAGCGCUCGCUCUCCAAGGCCAACUCUGAGGUGGCACAGUGGAGGACCAAGUAUGAGACAGAUGCCAUCCAGCGCACUGAGGAACUCGAGGAAGCCAAGAAGAAGCUGGCCCAACGGCUGCAGGAGGCUGAGGAGGCAGUGGAGGCGGUCAAUGCCAAGUGUUCCUCUCUAGAGAAGACCAAGCACCGGCUGCAGAAUGAGAUUGAGGACCUGAUGGCAGAUGUGGAGCGGUCGAAUGCAGCAGCUGCUGCCUUGGACAAGAAGCAGAGGAACUUCGACAAGAUAUUGGCUGAGUGGAAGCAGAAGUUCGAAGAGUCACAGAUGGAGCUGGAGGCAUCGCAGAAAGAGGCCAGAUCCCUUAGCACUGAGCUCUUCAAACUGAAGAAUGCCUAUGAGGAGUCGCUUGAGCACCUGGAGACCUUCAAAAGGGAGAACAAGAACCUCCAAGAGGAGAUUUCGGACCUCACGGAGCAGCUGGGUGGCAGCCACAAGACCAUCCAUGAGUUGGAGAAGGUCCGGAAGCAGCUGGAUGCUGAGAAGCUGGAACUUCAAGCAGCGCUGGAGGAGGCUGAGGUGUGA